AUGGCAUAUCAUCCCCAAACAGAUGGACAAGAUGAGAUUUAUAACAGAGAAAUUAAAAAUUGUUUAGAAAAAGUGGUAAACCCAACUCAUAAGGAUUGGUCCUCCAGACUGGAUAAAGCUUUGUGGGCCUAUCGUACUGCAUUCAAAACACCAUUGGGGAUGUCACCUUUUAAGCUUGUUUAUGGAAAGCCAUGUCACCUACUUGUUAAGCUCGAGCGCAAAGCAUUUUGGGCUGUUAAAAAGCUGAACAUGGAUUGGGUCGCUACUGGCCAUAAAAUGUUGUUAGAACUGGAUGAAAUGGAAGAAUUCAAGGGAAGAAUUAUGCCAAGGAAAUUUGAACCAGGGCAACAGGUGUUGUUGUUCAGCUCUAGGCUCAAAUUAUUCCCUGGUAAGUUAAAAUAUCGCAGGUCAGGUCCCUUUGAAGUAGCUCAAGUAUACCCGUACGGAGCUGUUAGUAUCAAAGACCUAAAAAUGGGAGUCACAUUCAAAGUUAAUGGACAACGCUUGAAACACUAUUUGGGUGCUCAUGUGGAUCGUGACAAGCAAUCUAUUGACCUUCGAGAUGUUUGA